AUGGCACAAGUCGAGAAGAUGAAAAAUGUACCUGUUUUCAUGCUUCUAGUAGUACUUCUGAUUCUGCUUUUCUCUAACAUCUGCGUCAUAGCAGAAGAGAGAGAUCAGAACAUGAAGGAAACUUACAUUAUUCAGAUGGACAAGUCCAACAUACCAGCAACCUUCGACAAUGAUCAUCACCAAUGGUAUGGUUCAUCUUUAAAAUCAGUGUCAGCUUCAGCCGAAGUGCUUUACACUUACCAAACUGUAGUUCACGGCUUCUCCAGCAGGCUCACGAGUGAGGAAGCUGAGCUGCUUGAAAAGCGGUCAGGUAUUCUUUCUGUUCUACCUGAGAUGAGAUAUGAACUUCAUACAACUCGGACGUCGGAGUUUCUUGGGUUAACAGGAGAAUACGAAGCUAUCUUCCCAGCAUCAGGCGAUGUGAGUAACGUGGUGAUCGGAGUUGUAGACACUGGUGUAUGGCCUGAGAGCAAAAGCUACAAUGACAAGGAUCUUGCACCUGUGCCAAGGAGCUGGAAAGGGCAAUGCGAGGACGCUAAGGGCUUCAACUCCUCAAGCUGCAAUCGGAAACUGAUUGGCGCCAGGUUUUUCUCAAAAGGGUAUGAAGCAACACUUGGAUCUGUGAACGAAAAAGUAGAAUCAAGAUCACCAAGAGAUGAUGACGGCCAUGGAACUCACACCUCAAGCAUUGCAGCUGGAUCCCCUGUUCCAGGAGCUAGCCUCUUUGGUUACGCAUCAGGGACAGCACGGGGAAUGGCUGCACAAGCUCGUGUUGCCACAUAUAAGGCAUGCUGGCAUGGAGGGUGUUUCGGGUCCGAUGUUCUAGCCGCAAUGGACAAGGCUGUUCAAGAUGGUGUCAACAUUUUAUCUCUGUCCUUGUCUUUUCCAGGAGCACAGUACGAGGAUUUAUCCACAGACGUUGUUGCUAUUGGAGCUUUUUCUGCCAUGGCCAGGGGAGUACUUGUGUCAUGUUCAGCCGGAAAUGAUGGGCCAUAUUCCGAUAGCUCAUCCAACAAUGCACCUUGGAUAACCACUGUGGGUGCUGGAACACUAGACCGGGACUUCCCAGCUUAUGUCAGUCUGGGAAAUGGAAAAAAAUACAGAGGUAUAUCACUCGAUCAUGGUACAGCACCAUUACCCAAUGGAUUAGUUCCGCUUGUUUAUGCUCCUAAUGCAAGUAACUCCACUAGUGGUGAUCAAUGCGCUCCUAACAGUUUGAUUCCUGAAAUGGUUGCUGGGAAAAUUGUGGUUUGUGAUCGGGGAGGAAGUAGGGUCGGAAAGAGUGUGGUGGUAAAAAAGGCCGGUGGUGUAGGGAUGAUUUUGGCAAACACUGGAGAUUAUGGAGAAGAACUUGUGGCAGACGCAUAUCUCUUGCCAACUGCAAUGGUUGGCAAGAAAGCUGGCGAUGCAAUAAAAAGAUACAUUGCCUCGCAUGGUAAUCCGAAAGCCAUAUUGGUUUUCGGAAAGACACAGUUGGGUAUCAAACCCUCACCGGUGGUGACAGCAUUCAGCUCUAGAGGACCGAAUCCAGUCACUACAUCAGUCCUCAAACCGGACUUGAUAGCACCGGGAGUGAAUAUUCUAGCUGGGUGGACUCGUGCAGCUGGACCAACCGGACUACCUGAAGACAAAAGGAGGGUGAGCUACAACAUCAUUUCAGGUACAUCCAUGUCAUGCCCUCAUGUGAGCGGGCUUGCCGCCUUGCUCAAGGCCGCUCACCCAAAAUGGAGCCCUGCUGCCAUAAAAUCUGCUCUCAUGACCACAUCCUAUACAAGAAGAAAUGGAAAACCAAUCAAAGAUGUUGCUACUGGAAAGCCUGCAACACCAUUUGAUUAUGGAGCUGGGCAUAUGAACCCAGUCGCAGCCCUCCACCCAGGACUUAUAUAUGAUCUUGCUGUCAAGGACUACCUAGGCUUCCUCUGUGCCAUGAAUUACACAACAAAACAUAUCAAGAAACUCACUCACAAAGACUUCACCUGUGACUCGAGCAAGAUAUACAGAGUUGGAGAUUUCAAUUACCCAUCUUUUGCUGCUACCAUUUUAACCUCUGAUGAAGGGGUCGGGGGUGGAUCUGUCAAUUACACAAGGACUCUAACCAAUGUGGGUACCGCAGCAAGAUACAAGGUCCGAGUGACUAAAAAAUCCCCAUUAGUGAAGAUCUUGAUUGAACCAAAAUCAUUGAGUUUCAGCCAAGCAAAUGAGAAGAAGACUUGCACUGUGACUUUUAUUGCCAGUUCUAUGCCAUCAACCAGCUUUGCUCACUUGGAAUGGUUCGAUGGGAAACACGUAGUAGGUAGUCCUAUUGCUAUCAUGUGGAUUUAG